AUGUCCCGGCCCUCGAAUAUCAGUGGGUUUAGCGUUAUCCCGAUUGCAUACAACUCGUCGACGACGCAUUGUCUCUAUGCCCGUGCACAUGCUUCAAGCAAAUCAGAUGCCCGCAAAAUCCUACCGGAAGGACGGACACUUUUCUUGGUCAAUGUUCCGCCCGAUGCGACUGAACGGGAGCUCGUGUUGUUGUUCAAACACAGUGGGACAGUAGAAAAGGUCCUAUUCGACUUCGAUGUCAAAGAAAUCAACAACGACGUCAGCGAUAGUGAGGACGACGAGGACGAGUCUAUGGAUGAUCCAGCGGCGAACGACGAAGACGAACGACCAGCACGGAAAAAGCAGAGAAAACAGAAAAACAAGGAAGAGAUCCCGACUAUAGUCCCGCUUCCAACCCGGCCCCUGCGCAAGAUAGGCAAAACUGGCCGCUCAGCGCAUGUCAUUUUUCUCGACUCCUCAUCACUCGAACGGGCAUUAGCUUCGACAAGCAAACCUCGAGCUUGGCCAACCUCCUCCGAGGAACCUUCAGGUCUAUCACACUACCAAGCUUUAUACGCCUCCCUCCGACCACCUCUGGACUCCGUCCGCGCGUACGCCGAUUCGUUCUUGGAAGUGCACGAGUACAAUCUCGCGAGGCAGAGGCAGAAAUCAAAGUAUCGCAAAGGCGAUGCUAUUGUCGAUGAAGAUGGGUUUACACUCGUCACUCGGGGAGGAGCGUACGGGCAGACACUUGGAGGUGGUGUUGGGGUGGCUAGCAAACGAUUUCAACGGUCUGGGCAGACAACGAGCAGGAGCCGAGGGCAAAAGAAGGAAAGAAAAGAAAAGGCUGGGUUCUAUGCGUUCCAGAAAGCAGAAAAGCAACGCUCAGAACUAAUGGAAUUGAAGAGAAAGUGGGAAGAGGACAAGGCGAAGGUGGAGCAACUCAAAGCUUCAAGACGCUUCAAACCGUAUUGA